ACACUCAGCUCCCCGCCGCCUCUCAGCUUCAGUGCGGCUUCACAUUUCCACAGGAGACGAGUCUCAGUCCGACCUCCAGCAUUUUCUCCCGAGCUCCGGUAACAAAACCAGCGGAGCAGGACCCGUCCCUGCGCCCGGGACUCACACACCACUACCCGGGAUCCGAGCCUCUUCCCCGGGACACACACACUCAGAGGAUACGAGUUCUCCACCGGAGCUCCACAGAGACCCUGGAAGAUGGGUUCAGUCCCGGCCAUAUCGGUCCUCUUUCUGGGCAUCGUGGUGCCAGCGCUGGCCGGAUACAUCGAGGCACUGGCAGCCAACGCGGGCACAGGCUUUGCCGUGGCCGAGCCGCAGGUGGCGAUGUUCUGCGGGAGGCUCAACAUGCACGUCAACAUUCAGACCGGCCGCUGGGAACCCGACCCGUCCGGAACCAAGAGCUGCGUAGGAACCAAAGAGGGCGUGCUGCAGUACUGCCAGGAGAUGUAUCCCGAGCUCCAGAUAACAAACGUGGUGGAAGCCAACCAGCCCAUUCGUAUUGAGAACUGGUGCAAGAAGGAGAAGAAGGUGUGCAAAGGCCACGCCCACAUCGUGGUGCCUUACAAAUGCCUAGUGGGCGAGUUCGUGAGUGACGUGCUCCUGGUUCCAGAGAAGUGCAAGUUCUUCCACAAGGAGCGGAUGGACAUGUGCAUCAGCCACCAGCAGUGGCACGGCGUGGCCAAAGAGGCCUGUGCCAAGAGCACCAUGAUGCUGCACAGCUACGGCAUGCUGCUGCCCUGUGGCAUCGACAAGUUCCACGGCACCGAGUACGUGUGCUGCCCCUCCUCUCGCAUGGUGGAGUCCGCCCCGGCCCCCCUGCCCUCUCAGGAGGAGGACGAGGACGAAGAGGAGGAUGAGGUAGAGGACGAGGAGAUCGACGUGAUCACCGAGGCCGACCUGGAAGAGGAGGACGCCGUGGAGGACAGUGAGACGGCACCCGAGGAGCAGCCCACACAGAGGGAGGAGCCGCUGGACGAGGAGGACGAGGAGGAGGACGAGGACGCGGAGGAAGAGGAGGAGGAGUACCACUACGUCUACGAGGACGAGGAGGUGGAGAAGGAAGAGGAGGAGGAGAGGAAAAGCAAAAUGUCAGAGAGCCAAGAUGAGGACAAGACUCUGCAGGAAGUGAAAGCGGUGUGCGCCCUGGAGGGCGAGACGGGCCCCUGCCGCGCCUCCAUGCCGCGCUGGCACUUCGACAUGAGCCAGAGGAAGUGCGUGCGCUUCAUAUACGGCGGCUGCGCCGGCAACCGCAACAAUUUCGACUCAGAGGAGUACUGCAUGGCCGUGUGCAAGCGCCUGACCGUGUCCCCGACUCCUCAGCCCACCGAUGAUGUGGACAUCUACUUCGAGACGCCGGCCGAUGACAAGGAGCACAGCCGCUUCCAGAGGGCCAAGGAGCAGCUGGAGAUCAGGCACCGCAAUCGCAUGGAGAGGGUACGGAAGGAAUGGGAAGAGGCCGAUCGCCAGGCUAAGAACCUGCCCAAGGCUGAGAGACAGACACUGAUCCAGCACUUCCAAGCCAUGGUGGAGUCCCUGGAGGAGGAGGCAGCCAGUGAGAAGCAGCAGCUGGUGGAGACUCACCUGGCCCGGGUGGAGGCCAUGCUGAACGACCGGCGCCGUCUGGCCCUGGAGAACUACCUGGCCGCGCUGCAGGCCGACCCCCCCCGGCCCCACCGCAUCCUGCAGGCCCUGAGACGCUACGUCCGUGCGGAGAACAAAGAUCGUCAGCACACGAUCCGACACUACCAGCACGUCCUGGCUGUGGAUCCGGAGAAGGCUGCUCAGAUGAAGUCACAGGUGAUGACCCAUCUGCGUGUGAUUGAGGAGCGGAUGAACCAGAGUCUGUCUCUGCUCUACAAAGUACCUUAUGUGGCCGAGGAGAUUCAGGAUGAAAUCGACGAGCUUCUCCAGGAGCAGAAAGCCGACAUGGACCAGUUCCUGUCGUCCAUCUCCGAGUCCCAGCCGGACGUCACCGUGUCGUCGGAGGAGAGCGUGGAGGUUCCCGUGUCCGAGUCCGAGGACAAACCCUACCGGCCCUUCCAGGUCACAUCGCUGGGGUCGCGCUCGGAGCCCGAGGGCUCCGCCAUGUCUGGUCUGGACGGUCUGAUCGGUGCCGAGGAGAGAAUCAUCAACAGCAAACCCAAGAUCAGCGAGAAGGUGGUGAUUGUUGACAGCCUGGAUGUUAAAGAAGUGGUUUACAGUGCAGAGAGAGGCAGCGUUAUGCAUGAUGAUGAGCUGGAGUCCUACCGUCCCCUGGGAGAGGACUUCAGCUUCGGGAGCAGCGCCCUGAUUGGCCUGCUGGUGAUCGCCGUGGCCAUAGCAACAGUGAUUGUGAUCAGCCUGGUGCUUUUGAGGAAGAGGCAGUACGGCACCAUCAGUCACGGCAUCGUGGAGGUCGACCCCAUGCUGACACCGGAGGAACGCCACCUCAGCAAGAUGCAGAACCACGGCUACGAGAACCCCACCUACAAAUACCUGGAGCAGAUGCAGAUCUAACCGGAGCCUGAGGGUGGCGCUGUGGAGUCUCGACAGAGGACGGGGAACAUACUACUGACCAAUAACACAUGAUGCUAUUGUUACAAUUAUUUUCAAACAUCCAAACUCCAUUUUACUGGUUUGUUGAAAACAAUCCUUAAAUAAUGCUACUACUUCUACUACUGCUACCGUUGUACUAUAGAGCUCCUUUUGAUCAUGUUUCUUUUGAAGAGGUGACAUUUCUGCCAUUUUGCAUUUCAGAAAAAUGUGAUCCUGCAGAUUUCUCUGUAAUUAUCAAGACGACUCUCUCUCAGAUCAAGAUGUAUAACAUUUCUUCAGAUGUUUUCUUUAUUUUUUUUUUUAUCGUGAGGCAAAAAUCAAGCGAAAUCUAAGCGUUUUAUUGUCUUUUGGAGAAGCCGUCAUUGAAGCGCCCGACAGACGCUCCACUUUAAUCCUCCGUCACCCGAGCAGUUUCUGAUGGUUCCUUUAAAAAACAAAAAAAAAAAUUGGUGUUUUAUUUUGUUCUUUUUUUCUUUUUCUCUCCUCUCAAUAGAUUGCUUGUAUAUGAAGGUUCUUUGUACCGAUUAAAAUGUAUAGUGAAACAACAAAUGAGAAAAAAAUGAAAUCAUGAAUUAUUUACUUUCUGUUCUUUGUUACGAUAACAGACAAAAUAUACAUAAGACAGUUUAAAUAUAUAUAUAUAAAUAUAUGAGAGUAGAUGUUUUUAUUCCACCUUUCUGUUCCCAGGGAAGAGGGUCAUGAGUUUGUUUAGGGUUCUCGACUCGGUGGCGAGGAGUGUUUGCCGACACGCGGCGGGGGGGCGGAGCUGUGCACAGACCCCCAGCUCUCACACAUCCCACAGAACCUUCUCUGAACCUUCAGAAGUGAAUGUGACGGCAAAUCCCCUCCAUCACAAACACAGCCCUUAUUAACAGUAAAUUAAGAAAUGCAGAUUGACACGUGUUACAUAGUUGAAUGUAUUGUGGAAUUUUUUUUUUCCAAUUCUAUGUAGCUGACGGGCUCCAUCGCGGAUUUAACGCAGAGUCGCACAUAUAUCGUGACAGUGGACAUGAAACGGCUAAUGAUUUUGUUUUUUUUGUACAAAUCGUCCAAAUCAAAAACUAAUUACUAGAGCAGCCAUCUUGAAAACACAUGUGGGGAUGAUGUACACACGUUAUUGGAGCAGCUGUUAGCUUUGCUGGUCAUAAAGCAGUAGAACAGUCAACGAUACAGGGUCGGCCCCAGAGUUAUGAACAAGAGGAAACCCCCAAAUGUUAUGAAAAUUCAAUUGUGACCGGACAAAAACUUUAAAUUACCAAAUUUGGGGGAUUCAUGGGAGUAAAAAUCCAGUUUUUUGGGGGUUGGGCCCUGGACCAACGGCCCCUGUAGACAUCCUGGAGCUGGGGGGGGGGCGGUGCAGGCAAACAGCGACAGAAAGACAAAGGCCUGGAGAGCUGGUUUCUAAGAAUAUAAAAAAGAAAGAGUAUAACUUGGGUAUAUUUAAAGGUAGAGAAUGACACGGACGAGUAAAGUGAAUCCUAGAAUCCUCUUCUCUCUCUCUCUCUUAGUAUCGUCUUCGUAUGCCUGUAUAGUUGAUGUUGCAAUCAUGGCUUUUUUCUGGAGGAUUACCUGUGGUGUGCAUUGUUCUUAUAUGAAAUGAUAUGAUCUAUAUUUUUAAGUUUGUUUUCUUGUUUUCUAUUUUUUUCUCUUCCUGUGACAGUAUCUCUGUAUGUGACUGUCUCACUAUGCACCCAAACUGGCUUUCGAUCUUGUAACUGCCUGCUUGAUUGUGGGAGGGGACCGGGGACUAAUAUGAUAUAAAUACUAGUGAUUUUUAAAUAAAAAAAUGAAAGAAAAAAAUUUAAAUGAUUGACACCAAUGGAGAUUCAUGGUUACAGGGGGAUACACAUCAAUAAACUCACAACUUCCA